UAAAAGUAUUAAUUAAAAAAAAAAUAAAUAAAACCUAAAAAAAGAAAUAAAACAAAUUAAUAUAACAAAUUAAUUAAACUAAUUAAUUCAAAACCUGAAAACAUUUCAAAAAAAAAACAAACUUCAUUACAGAAGUAAAAACCAAACACUGAAGAACACGAAAUCGAGGCCCUCUGUCCACACCCAAACCCUAAUCACGAAUUUGAAACUAAAUCCCUCAAAAUCGAAGGCGAACACUGUGUAUCCAUUAAAAUGCAGUCGAUUUUUUGAAUAUUGACCCCAUUCGAAGAGCAUUCCUAAGCUAAAUCCCUAAAGGUUGAAGAUACAGCAAAGGAGGUCCCCAAAAAACCAGUCGUAUAAUGGAGGACGACGAUGGUGAAGGUUUGUAUUUUAGUGUGAACAUGCACCAUGGGGGUUCUUGGUGCACUAGAAAUGGGUUGAAACACUAUGUGGGUGGCACUACAACCGAGUUUGAUAAGUGCCAUACAGAUUUCUUCAACAUGAUGGAACUUGAAGGGAUGCUUUUGCAAGUAUAGUGGUGUCAUGGUUCCCCUCUGUAUUUCUGGUUUAAGCCUAAAGACAAAGAACUACAUGAUGGAUUUGAGCUUAAGACUGACAAGGAUUUGUUGGCUAUGUUUGAGGACAUGAGACAACAGAGAUAUAGGAAGGUGGAUGUUUAUGCUGAUUUAUCUGGAACUUUUGGAGGCAACAAUGGUGAAUUAGCAAUUGUGCCUGUUGAUGCAAAUGUCAGUGUUGAGAAUACACCACCUGCUGGAAGUAAGCUGAAAAGAUGCAUAAUAGAGGAGCUACCAGAUGAUGCAAAUGUCAUUGUUGAUGCUCGGGUAAGUGCUAGACCAGAUGACUAUGUUAUGUCCAAAGCAGCAAUGAGGGAUGUUGAAGAGGAAUUGGCAGAGAAUUUACAGGAUUCCAGUGGUGAUUCUGAUGAUGGGGUUGAUGAGUUUGUUGUGUACAUGCCAGAUAUUGACAUGCCAGAGUUUGACAUGGAAGAUGGUGUUGGAGGAAGUGAUGAAGACACUGAUUCUAGUGUCCAAAUUAUUGAGACAGUGGUGGAUAUUGAGUCUGAGAAUGAGGGCCCAACAGAGGAAGCCCAUUUACACCCCAAUACCCAAACACAUGCCCAAAACAUAUUUGAAACACCAUCCAAACCAGAAAAAGCCCAAACCAGUAAAAGAACACCAAAAACCAGAUCCCAAACACAAGGCAAAACUGGCCAUUUAAAUCCCUGCACAUCACCCAAUAGAAGGUCCCAAUUAACAUCCAAAACACCACUACCAACCAAGAAAAAAAGUUGCCAGACUGAGCUGUUCCAAUCACCCAAAAGUAGGUCAAACACUCCAUCCAAAACACCACCCCUAACCAGGAAAAACAAAGGGCAGUCAGACCUCAACAAACCACCCAAAAACAGAGCUCAAACAACAUCUAGAACUAGGAAAGGAGAGGGUUGUUCGAGAACACCACAAACCAGAUCCCAAAGAGCUUCUACAACACCUCAAAACAGUGACACAUUAGCCCAAACACCACCUUGUACCAGAUCCAGUAAUGUAUCUCAAACACCACCCCAAACCAGAUCCAAAAGUGUAUCUCGAACACCAGCUCAAACUAGACAGAGAGUAAGAGAAACACCAUCCAAAACACCAACCCAAACCAGAAAAAGACCAAGAGAAACACCAACCAAAACACCAACCCAAAGCAGAAAAAGAGGAAGAGAAACACAAACCAAAACACCAACCCAAACCAGAAAGAGACCAAGACAAACACCAUCCAAAACACCAACCAAGAAGAAAACAAACCAAUCAGUGGAAGAGGAAGAUUUUUUGGAAGAGGAAUAUGCUCCAGAUACCCAAGAUCCUGAAUUAGCAGAAGAAGGAGCAGCUGACCCUAGCCAAUGGUGGGGGUCAGUCAAUGAUCUAUGCGAUCGAAGCUUACCAAGAUGA